AUCACAACAACGUAAAAGAGAAUUUUUUUGUUCUCUUUCAACAGCCAAUGGGAAACGAGAAAAGUGUAAACAUUUAACUUCAAAUCUUUUCCAACGGUCAACCAAAACUCUCUCAUUCUCUGCAACUAUUUUUGGCUGAAUGAUCAAUGUUUCUCUUUUGGUGAAUUUUCUUCCAUUUCUUUUUUUUUGUGUCACUCGUACCUUCUCAGGUAAUUAACAGGUGUCUCUCCGAUUGUGUCCAUUGGAUCUCAACCACUGUUCCACCCAUGGAUUAUUGUGAACAUCAGAAUUGAUCGAUAUUCUUUACAGUUUAACUGAGUCUUCUCCAAACUCUCUCUCUCUCUGUUUUGCUUCGCCAUUUUUGACUCAAUUUCUGCUUCUACUAUUUUCCACCUCGAUCAAUAUGAUAUAAAGAAUCAUCAUCAUCAUCAUCAUCCUGCUUCAAAGAAGAGAAAAAAGAUAGAAUCAACAAAAAAAAGGACUACAGUUUAUUGUGUAUCAACACAAUAACAGAAAGAGAAAAAAGUUGAGCGUCAACUGAGUGUGCACAGUAUUAUUAUUUGCAAUUAAACCAUGCAAAGUGGAAUAAGCCGACGAACCACUACCGUCUCAUCCACUCCAUCAUCGUCAUCAUCAUCAACCACUACAUCCUCAACGAUUCUUGGUAACAAUGUUUACCGAUCUCGGCCCUCAACCCUGAUUCCUCCACCAAACAAGUUUACCUUGAGGACUAUAACUGCUCCUGAUGAUAAAAAAAUGAUCGGAACUUCAAACAAGCCAUCAACCAUUCGUCGUCCAUCAUCCCGUGAGACUAUUACUCUAAAUAACAGUCGACUCACCAAUGGAACCACCAAUGGAUUAUCUCGUCCAACUAUAAUUAAAGAGACAACAACAAACCGUUUGGGUAAAAUUGAUUCAACGCCAGCACCAACAUCAAGAACCACAACCACCUGUAAACCUUCAAGUCAAAUGCAUUAUGCUUCAUCAACACAAUCAAGUCGCCGAUUAGCCAAUGGAACCACAAUCAACAACAACAACAACAACAAGGAUUCUCAAAAUGUUCCCAAAACCGAAUCAAAGUUAACUGCUAAACGAAAUGAGAUUAAUUCAACAUCAGUUCGUAAAAAUGUUGCCCCACCGUCAACCCUUAACAACACAACUACAAACACCAUUAAUAAUACCACAACUAAUGGAAAUAGUUCUGUGCUUGUUACUGGAACAGCCAAAAAAUCGGGCACAGCAACUGCCCGAGCAGCUACAACCCUAAUUUCAUUACAAAAAGAGUGUGACAAGUAUAAAAGACUGGCCGAUCUUUAUAAACGUCAAUUAGAGACCUCCAAAGGUGAUGUAUCUAAAUCGGUGAUGGUUGUUGAUGGAUUAUCUGUUGUUGUUAAAUAUCUUACCGAGCAUUUAAAUGCAUUUUCAACACCAUCACUUAAGGCAACAAUUGAACGGCAAUCAACAAAUUAUGAAAAAUUGAAAGGUGAUUAUUCAAAAUUGGAAAGCCUAUUGGAACAAAUGAGACAAGAGAAUACGAGGAAAGAAGAUGAUCUAAGAGAUGAGAUUGUUCGUAUGAGCUUGGAAAUGGUUAAUGAAAAGAAACGUCAUGAUAAUGAGAAGAAUCGAUUAUUUGAUAUGUUUGAAGAUCAAAUGGAAGCUCAGAAAAAAUCUUUCAAAAGGGAGAUGGAGAAAAUUGAUGAAGAAAAGGUUAACCUGGAAAAGGUUAUUGACUCACUUAAAGAUGAGAUUACGGAUAAGAUGAAUCAGAUAGAAGGUUUAACCAAUCGCGUUAGUGAAUUGGAAUCAUCGUUAUCCAUGGAAAAAGAUCGUCGCUGUCGAAUGUUACAAGAGAAGGUUAAAUUCAUGUCAAGUGAAAUUCAAUCAUUGAAAGAUGUUCUCGAUUUGAAAGACGGUGAACUUAGAACCCUGAAAACGUCGAUUGCCAACGAGGAAUUGCUCCGUCAGGAUUUGGCCACCGCUCAACAGAGUAUAACAAAUCUAACCCAACGAUUGGAACAAUUGGAGAUUUCAGCUAAUCAGAAAAAUACCAUGAUCAAUAUGCUUAAAGAGGAGAAUGAAUCACUUCGAGAAAGAUAUAACCGUGAACAGCGGGAAAGACGCAGAAUUUCAAUGAAAAAUGAGGAACUUGAAUAUACACUUUCAGAAUUUACUACACCCAGUAAGGGUAAUUCUAGUUCAGAGGAUAUCUUUUUAACACCGAUGCAACCACCGCCUAGAACACGAUUAACUUUGGCCAGUGUUCCACCUUGUCGUCCACAGCCAACUGAUUCCACCCGCAAGGGAAGGCAAAGUUACAGUGUCUCAAGACCGAGCCAUCAUCAUACUAAAUGUUUCCAACCCUCAUUAUCAUCAACAAAUAUUUUGCCAUCAUCAUCAUCAUCACCAUCAUCAUCUACUGAAACAACAACUUCUACAACAUUACCAUGUUCAUCAUCUUCAUCAACCCGCCAUCAUCAUCGUCGCUCAUCUGCUUCCACUAAACUUACAUUCCAAGAUGCCAAUGAUUCCGAAGAAAGUUACAAUCAACAAACUAAUAAUAGAAACAUGGACAAUCAUAAUACUCAUGUUGAUGGUGUUUUUAACCUUCCGGAUUCAGAUGAUGAAGGAGAUAAUGAUUCUGUAACCACACCCAAUUUUGAAGAGUCCAAUGUUUACUCACCAUCAUCAGCAAGUAAAAUGAUUGUUGAAACAAUUGUUGAUGAUGAAGAUGUUGAUGUUGAUGUUGAGCUUUGGCGUAGGAAUAGACGACGAGCAAGGGGAAGGAGGGAAAGCGAACAAAAUGAAAACCAAAACGGAAGUGAUGAUCAGUUUGGUGCUUCGUUUAGUGCCAACAAUCGAAAUAGUUCUAAGAACAAUCUUGUUUACCAUAAUGUUUCCUCCAGUGAUGAUUCAAGUCAUGGUCUUAAUACAACUUUAGUUGGAUGUUCACAAUCAUCAUCUUCAUCUCCAAUCAGCACAACCAGUAAUCAUAAAAGUAGCAACAAUAAAACUAAUCAACGUCUAGUUGAUCAACAAGUCAGCAGUAGUAGUGCCAGUAGUAGUACCAAUGGUGAAGGCACCAGUGGAAUCGGAAGUAGCCUCAACAGUAUAAGUGUUAACUCUGGUGUUACCUUCCGAUCGGAAAGGUGGGAAGAUGAUUCGGAAUCGGAAUCAGCGGCACCCAAAUCUUUGCCAUCUAUUUUACCCCAGUCCAUUUUGGACUCUGGUUUCGAGGAUAUCGAAGGUCUCAUCGCUUUUAGAUAAACAUCUUUAACAUUUUUUUCGAAGACAAAAUUUUACUUCCACUCUUAUUCUCUCUCUCUCUCUAAAAUCUUCAACUAAUCUUCCUCUUCCCACUAAUUAUUCAUCAUUCACAAUCUCUGAAUUUUAGAUGAAAAUUUAAUUGUUCUGUAAUUUUUUCUCUCUUUCCCUCUAGUCCCUAUGUGAUUUUAACCCAUUUUUGAUUCACUCACAGUUAAUUUACUUCUCAUGAAAUUACAACAAUCAACAAAUUCAUACACAAUCCUUUUAAUCAUAAUAACAAUUAUGUUGAUUUAUCAUUAAUAAUAAAUGCAACACUUUUUUUUCCUGCACUUAACAGAAA